GAAGGGAUAUACCAUCUGUCUCUGGGAGCGUUCAAGAGUUAGUACGGGGCAGGGGCAGGGCAAUGGCGUUUGCUAUCUCCAACCCAACCUGCAUUUCUUCUUCCAUUUCACCUCUACUUAAAACGGCGAGAGCAGGGACAAAUUCAUGGCGUCUCAACCCCAAUUUAAAGUGUCAGUGUCAAGUUGUUUCCCGGUUCGAAAGCGAGGGUGGUGGUCGCCGUGUUUGGCGCCGGAGAAAAUUGACAAAGAAGGAUGAGAUGUUGCAGUACAAGUUGGAGCGAAUCCCUUUCCUGGAGGAGCAGGUUAGGAAGAUAAGGGAAGGAGGAAAGCUCUUGACAAUGGACAUCGAGCGACUGUUGCUAUCGGAGGACAACAGGUUUGAUUUUGUGAAUGAUGUAGCAGCUGAGGCCAAAGAUUAUAUUGAGAGUAAUCGGGAUGAAUAUGGAGGUACUAAAAAAGCUAUACUUCAUGUGCUCAGUAACCGUGUCAAUGAUUCUGGCUUCUAUCGUCCAGAUGCAUAUGCUGAAUCUGACCCUUUCAAGCCUGGACCUACUUAUUUGAAGGAAGAAUUUACGUAAGUUUUGUAUGUUAGUGUCCAUUGUAUUCAAGAUUUUCUUCCUUGUAAUUUCAUUCCCUCGGAUUUAAUGCAGUGGUAGUUCUUUGGAAAGAAUUAGUGGUUGAUUGAAUAAAUAUAAUGUAAUCUUUUGUAGUAAUUCCUAAUUCUUUUUGUAAUUUAAAAAUAAUUGGAGAGGGUCAAUGUUAAAUCUGGUUAUAGUAUUUCACU